CUGUACGUUGUACAUGUACAUAUACUGCCGUGCUGUUUUGAAGCGGCCCAUUGCGCCUGCGCUCGCGUACCCGGUAUAUAUAGCGUACCGGGGGUACCCGUUCACACCGUGCCAUUUAACAACACGUCGUCAAAGCGUAAAUAUGGCAGCAACAGCUACAUGUACGGAAGAAGAAAUUGACCCCAGAAUCAAGUUGGAGUUGGAGAGAUUGAACACUGCCACCGAUGAAAUCAAUUCCAUUGAACUGCAGCUCGAUGAGGCACGGGCUUCGUUCCGACAGUCGCUGACUGAGUCCACGCAGAGUCUGAACGCCAUCUCCAAGAAGCUGGGUAGCUGCAUAGAGAAGGCCCGGCCCUACUAUGAAGCCAGACAAAAAGCCAAGGAGUGCCAGCAAGAGACACAGAAGGCAGCAGUCAGGUUUGAGCGGGCCAACAGCAUGCUGGCGGCCGCCAAGGAGAUGGUGGACUUGGCUGAGCAGGGGCUGAUCCAGGAUGGCCGAAAAUUUGAUGCCAACUGGCAGGAGAUGCUGAACCAUGCCACCAUGAAGGUUGGAGAAGCGGAACAUGAGAAGAGACUGAGUGAGAAGGAACACAUGACCACGGCCAGCGAGUUUCACAAAGUAGAGCAGCACCUGAAGCACUUGCAGAAAACAUUGAAGCGGACAAUCAACAAGUCAAGGCCCUACUUCGAGAUGAAAAACAAAUUCAACCAGCAGUUAGAGGCCAAAAAAAAGAGAGUAGAAGAGCUUCAGGAGAGAGUGACGCAGGCCAAGGAGGCCUACUCCAAUGCCCUCCACAAUCUUGAGCAGAUCAGCGACGAGAUCCAUGAGCACCGACGCUACCAGGCUGCCAAGCUGGGCGAGCGGGGAAUGGGCGUAGGAGCAGAGUCUUCCCCAGCCCCACCCCCUGAGACACCUACUAGCCCGCCUGCGUUUUACCGCCACAGCUACCCCUUCGAACAGAUCCCACUGGCCCAUUGCCAGGAGACGCCGGGCUCCCCGAAAGGGUUCCUGCCAGAGUCCAUCUGCCGCGAUGAUCUGUACGUGCGUGCCCCUAAGCUGCGCAUGCUGCGCCGGCCGCUCAGCCUGCAAGAGUCAGACCUGUCACCGCCGGACCCACAUGCUAUCCUCGCAGCGUUUGAGUCGGUGGAUAAACUGGAUGAGAUGUCUGACACAGCCAGCUGCUACUCAAAUGACUUGUUGGAUGACAGUGUCUCAGAUGGAGAGAGUGCACUGUCAACGCCAGGACACUCUCGUCAGGCCAGCUUCAGUGGGAAGGACAUGUUGGAGGCGUCAGUCAUAGCCCAAUCGUCGCAAGAAAAAGGUAUGAAUGAAACAGCUAAUCACAAUCAUCCCCUUCAGGGGAGUGCCAGUAGCGAAGAGGUGUCAGAAGGGUCACAAAUCAAGCAAUCAACAAAGGAACAGGAAGAUCCUGAAUCAUGUAACCAUGCCAAAGAAGCACCAGAGAGGUCAGGAGUCACCCAGACAAGGCAGGAGUGUAGUUCAGAGGUCAGCUGCCAGACAGCAGAUGGAGAAAUUGACGAAGAAAACGGGUCAUUGGUCUGAAGAAAUUUUCUUGCUCUGUGAACAUCCAAAAUGGCGAAGUUGUGUAUUUCUUUAGUUCUUUCAUUUGAAACUUUACUAACUGAGGACAUGAUGUAGCGUGUGAAAUGGACUGAAUUGUCUUUGAAUAAGCUUCUUUAAGAACAGGUGGGGUUUAGAAUUUAUUUUUUCAAUGCAGUGAAAGAAAUGUCACACUCGUGCUUGCAUAUCACAAAGUUUACUUACACUGGACAGAUACUCCUAGUUUGUAAGAUGCGCAGUUUCAAACUGUUGGGAUACCGCAAACGUUCAAGGAGGCGAGAUUGGUGAGGUCGAGUUUGUUCAAGAUGGCAUAAACUGUCACUGGCGCCCUGUAUUGGGUGAGUGUGUGCGUUGAGGUCCGUUGCCCAGCAGAUUUGUAUGUUGGAAUGUCUUCAUUGUGAAAUCUUUUUGUGAAUUAGGCCGCUCAUUACUCUUCUUUAUAACUGACCUCUUUUUCAGUUUAAAAGAGGAAGCAUUCUUGGAAAGUCAUACUUACAUGAGUUGGGUAUGCACCUUUCCCUCAUUUGCUUUUAUUUUUUUUAGGGGUGGCUCAAAGGCUUCACAUAUUUUUGGCAUAGUUCUGACAUGGGCAAAGAAGUUUGAGUAUAUGUGUACAUGUUUGUUACAUUCCCUGCAGUUGAGAAAUUGUCACAAAAAAUUGUACCUCUUAGAACUGCCCGAUUAUACAUACUCAUAAUCUUACCCUUCACAGUUGACCUCAGUUGUUUUGAUACUAAUUUAUACUUCUGAUUCCAAAUAUAUUCACAGUGUUAAUUUAUACGCAUGUUGCGAUUUGGUCCUAACAUUGUAUUAGUUUAUUUUUCAUAAUUUGAUGCAAGAUUUAUAAGUAACCUUGGCAGUGGCCAGAACAGGGUGUUGUGAGCAGAUUUCUGAAUAGUCCAAUCGUUGCCUUGAACUGCAUGUAUUUUCAUUUAAUAGUUGUAGUUUUGGGGAGGAGAGUACAGUGUCUUGGGUUCGGAUCUCAAUCCUUUCAGUUUAUAGUUUGACCAAUGAAUGUAUUUAUCUUUGAUUUCUUAUGUGUGCUAUAACUCUAGGUAAAUUAAGUGCAUGGGGGUCUUUACAUGUAAGAUCAAUGGACAUGUUGUACCUGCAAAAGUGAUUUUUUAGGACACAAACAUGAGAUGAAUAUUCAUGUGAAGUGUUGCUUAGAUUGUGGGGAGGAGUUCUACAAUUUGUUGGACGACUUAGGCAUUACCUACGUGUACGUGUAUUGUAAAUUGCUGAUAAAUUGCUGUGUUUUGCAGGUUUUUCCUUGAAAAUCUCAGCCAACUGUCAUGAUGUUAUUUUCAUUGUUGUCAGUAUCUAUGUGUAGGCCUGUGUUGGUGUUCAUUUCACAUUUUGCCUGCAGUGUGUUGGGGUUUUUGGUAUUUUUUUGGGGGGUGUUUGUCUUUAAUCACAUGAUGCUGGAUGAUAUGUAAACACACACAACUUUCCUUAUUUGCUCCAUGCAGGACGUGUACAUUCGAUUAAGAAUUCUUUUUACAUUUCCCUGGUUGACGUAUUAACGUGUCAUGCUUGGGUGGGUCAAAGCACAUUUGCAAGGUUGAAGAAUUCACAGGUUAAAAAACCCGUCCCCAGCAGCUUUUUGGGGUUAGAAAAUCUGACGUUAAAUGGUUAAAGGGAGUCAUAAUCUUCACAAAAUGGCUCCUAAAGAAUUGACUCAUAAAAUGUAACGUGAUUAACCAAGCCAUUGAUUAAUCAAAUAAUCGUUGCAUCCCCAGAAGGAAUAAAGAGGUUCUGUCUUUUGCACACUGUUGCACCCGCAUCUUGUCCAUAUCCAGAAAAUAUAUUGAUAACUAAAUGUACAUGUAAUUGUGCGUCCAGUCCAUGUACAUACAUUGUACACCUACAUUUUACAUUGUAACAGACGGUGCCCGUGUGUACCAACAGGGUAUGUAUAAUGUGUACGUAUAGUGUACAUUCAGUAAAGAGGGAAAAAAUUAAUGUAUUAAAAUUAAAACUAUUUUUGAAAUCCUGUAGUAAUAAAUUGUAUUGGUUUCUUGUACAGUUCUGUGAAUUUAUAACUCUAUACAGUACGGAUAGUAAAGUACAUUUUCAUUACAUGUGAAAUUUGUUAGUUACUAAUUUUUGAUUUUUGUGUACAUGAGACAUACUGUAAUCAGAUAUGAAUGAAAUGAUCUGGUAAAUUUGACCUCGGACAACUGAAUAAGUUACUAUAUAGUUGUUUAUGUGUGUAUAAAACUUGUAAAUGCCAUGCAUGUAUGUCUAAGUUAAUCUUGAACAACUCUAAGGGCUGGAGUUAUUUCAUUUCAGGUUAAAUAUCUUCAAGCAAUGUCAAAAGCAUUCUUUAAACACAAGUCAGAGGCUCCUCCAAAGCUGUCUUGCAUUCUGGAAGAUGCCCUGAUCAGACGCAAUCUUUAUAAGAUCAUACAAAAUACACAGAGGGAAAUGAAAGAAGACAGAAGGUUGUGAGUCUCGUCAUGGAGCUAUAGCUCCAUGGUCUCAUCAAAGUAAAAACAAGGGACACCGGUAGAUUGGAUCAGAGUUGGUUGGUCCAUGCUCUUAGCAAUAUUGCCUUGCAAAUGAGUUUUAAAUGACAACUUAUAUUUAGUCACAGAAUGACCUUGAUGUUCAACGAGAUACAUGUGGUACAUGUACACUGUAAUUGUGUGGAAAAAAAAGAAAAAACACCUGUGAUUUUAGAAGAUAGUACAGGGUAAUUUACUGAUUGGGGAUGAGAAAUCCGUUCUUUGUGGUAAGAGGUAAUGAGGCAUAGUAAGAGGAGGAGUUUUUGUCCAAAGAUUAAUAGUCUUUGAUUAAGCUAAGCCCAUUAUUCAACCCUUACUACCUGUUACAUCAUUAAUCCCUCAAGGUAGAUUUUUAAAAAUUCAAGGUAGCAAAUCAGCUGAGAUGUCAAUAUAUUGACUAGAUUAGUUGAUAUUCCAUGUGCAUGUAGAUUAGUUGACAUAUUACAUGUACUUGUGCAUGGUAAUGUAGAUUAAUUGAUACCACAUGUACGGAUGUUUAAUAGUUGACGUACAUGUAUCACAUGUACAUGUGGAUGUGGACGUGGACUACAUGUAGUCGACAUAUCAUGUCUGUUGGCACACAUGUACAUGUAUAUUAGUUGACAUAUAUAUGUAAUGUACAUGUAGAUUAGUUGACAUUACAUGCCUGUCUGCAUGUGGAUAAGUUGCAAUAUCAUGUCUGCCUCCAAGUACAUGUACCGGUAGAUCAUUUGACAUGUUACAUGUACUAAACAAGUUCAUACAUGUACAUCACGGUACAUGUCUCUUGAUCUUUCUUGGAUUGUCUUUAUAUGUAUGUAUAAAUAGACCCAAAUGUGAAAUAUUGGUCGACAGUAUUAUUGGCAAAUAUUUGUGUACUGUAUAUGGUAAUGAAAAGUUUGCAAAUAAUUUAUCAAUUUAUGUUUGAUUUUGCUGAACAGCUUGGUAAACAAUUUGGACUCGGCUUCAACUGAAAUACAGAGGUUGGUCUUUGCGAAAGCAGCUCAAUUAACACACUGCCAAUAGCACUGAGUUGUGCUUAUUAAGCUGUGGCAAUUGUUUAAAUGGACAGAGAUGAGCUGCAGCUGGUUAGAAAAGUUUUUUUUUUUUUUUUGUGAACUGAGGCAAAUUUUCAGAAAAACUACCUUUGUUUUGACAUGAAACGUGCUGGUGUGUGGCCGCACCCAACAAAGCGAAUCCCCACUUGCCAAGGCAACAUUCCAAAAGAUAUAAAAAAAUCUUUCACAGUGUAUGGUAAAUUGAGAGGAACCUUUGACAUUUUUCAGACAUUUCACCAUGAUGCCGAUUGGGUGACAUAUUAGAAAGAAGACCAUUUGCUCUUUCAAAUGUAAACAAAACGUAGACUCAAGUCAUGGGAUCCAGUAACAUGUAUCCGAACCUGCCGUUUAUUUUUCAUGGCUUUAUUUUGCUGGUAUGAUUAUUUUAUUGGCCUUAAUUUGUUCAAACAUGAAGUGAUUAACCAGAAUUAUGGGUCUAAAGAAGUUGGAUGUCUUUCUUUAAUGAUUCGACAGGAAAAUGACUGGGCUAAGGAGACUCUGAAGAUGGCCCUUGAUUCCUAUCAAAUUAGGUUUAAAGGUGUUGGUAACGGCAAGUUGGUAGUGACUGUAAUAUACCCACAUUGGCCUACAUGGACCAUUCGUCAUGCACCAAUUGAGAAAGGCCAUUUUGGUCAUUACCAUGUCAAAACUUGUCACUGUUUAUUGUGACAGGUCAUUUUCAAAAGUUUAGUGGCUUAGGGAGAAUUUUUUCUUGUGUUGUACAUUUCGAGGGGCAAGGGCUUGUUGAAUAUUAAAAUACACGAGAAAACUUA